UUUUCAUUUGUACACAAUAAAAAUGUCUUCGUAUUAUGACCAGCCUCGCAACUGUGUUAAAGGAAAUGACUGAAGGAAUGAAUCAACGAACGAAAGAAUGAAUCAGUGAAUGACUUUCUUUAUGUGCCUGCACUCUGCUUUCUUGUGAAAUCUUUUCACCGCUGACGGUAUGUGACUGACUCAUCCCCUCGCAUGACCUGGUUGUCCCCUACCUUUAAUUCUCUGCACAGCAAUUCAUAGUCGAGGUAUUUUGAUUAGAGUACGUUUGUGUGUAAACCACACGCAGCGCGACAUCCUCGUUUGUCAGGUGUGAACAGCUGCCAAGGCCAGGUACGUCACACACCCGGACACAUACUCAGGUGCUCUAAAUUGUAGGACCCCUCUGUCGACUUAAAUCUUGGGUUGGGUUCCUCCCACUCAAGCCAUUUUGUAAAAUGAAGAGCUAACCAGUGCUUACUUUCUCAACACACCUGUGGCGAGUCCUGUGAAAAGCUUGUCACGUUUACCUGCUUAGCUCCUACAGAGAAGAAGCCAGGCAGUUAUUGCAGGCUGCACAUAUUUGUAAAGUGCGGGACACAGACGGAAUUGGGACACGUUUCCUGUGGACACCUUGUGUUCUGUGUCGUGCAUCAGGGGACAAGCCGAGCCUUAUCAUCCUCACCAGGGGCUCGCGGGUGUUGGCUAUCAGACGGCGGCAACAUCAAUAGAUUAAAGCCAUGGCUCACUGGUCACAAUGGUUCAAUUUAGACGACCCAGGCAAUGGUGAUGGCGACUUUGAAACCUUGGAACGAAUUCAGGAAUAUCAGAACGUGUGUCCCGUUAGCUAUCACGUGACGGGGGCACAGUGCCAGUUCGUUGGUUCCAACACCACCUUCGACUCCAGUUCGGCGGCGCAGUCCGCGGUGGACGUGCUGAUCCAGCCAUGCACCGUGUACGGUCUCAUCUGCUUGAACAGCAUGCAGCCAUCCAACAUGUGCCACGACUACAGAGUGCGCUUCAUGUGUCAGGAAAAUGACGUUCCGGGAAACAGCGGGCGAAGAGGCCCUCAACUCCUAGUCGAUUCCAGAAUCUACCUGACGUUCCUGGCGGUGCCUCUCAUCAUCUGCUUCAUUCGCAUCUUCUGGGUCUUUGUGUACAAAAAAUACUGCAAGCAGCCGCAGCGGCGAAACAUCAAUCGUCGAAGUGUCAGCACCAACAGCGAUGCCAGCGAGUCUUCUGAGGCGAGUGACGAUGAUUCCAUGACAUCAUCGCUGGCCCACCCGCCGCCCUCAUACUCAGACCUGUUCGGAACCACCCACCCAGCCAGGGUGUUCGCAAUCUCUCGCGGCAGUCUGGUCCGGCAGUGCAGCAAGUGUCAGCACUACACUGACUUCGGCGCCAGCAGCGCCAUCUUCAGCACCGGUCCCAGUCCAGCCGAUGAACUCGCGAUGACCUCUGGGAAUGAUGGCUCAGGCGCUGCUGGGACCAGGGUGCCGGCAAGUGAUAUCACCAGUGGAGAGACGAUCGUCUACUCUGGCGACCCUUCCGAACAUUUUGACCAAGGUGGCAUCAGCGGUUUCAAUCCGCAGCUGGCCGUUCGCGCUGACCAGGAACACCCGGGGUGGGUGCAUACUGCCGCACAGUCUGGGGCUUCUGUAGCACCUCCCCCGCUCCCUCAGCUUGUAGCGACAGACACGUGUCCGUGUGCGUGUCACACCGGUGGCCACGACAACCUGGCCUUCGUCUGCAGCUCACCUGCAGAUGGCGCUGGCGGGGUCCCACAUCCUGGGAUGCAUAUGCCACUGUUCUCGAGGGUCGACUCGGACACGUCCUUCAGGUCGGUGACAGACAGCCUCCCAGACUACGACCAGGCUCUGGAGAUUCUAAAGAAAAGCCACGAUGUCGGCCGCAGUGAAGACAGUUGUGUGUGAUCGACACUGAUAUAGUCUGGAAACAUGCUCGGACCACCAAUGUCCCUCAGUGGAUGAUCAUCCAGUUGCGGUAUAUUUUACUAGCAUGGCUCUCAUUCCAUGAGAUUACAUGCCUUUGGUGCCUCAUAAACAGAAAACGCUUUUCAUGUCCCACGAUGGAACAUGUCUUUUAUGUACUAGAGAGAGAGAGAAAGUAUGUGUGCGGCCAUCUUGUUAGACAGACGUAGAAUUUCCUUCAGUACAAUCCUGUGGAUUGACAGAUGACUGGUUGUGACAUCCCAGCUAUGUUUAUUAAGAAAUAAGCCUAAACAUCUUGCUGCAGUUUUUAAACGGUGUGACUGAACGAUAUCUUCAGUAGACUCUUAACAGAAAUGAACUAACGUGAGGUACCUCAUACUCUCAUCACUGGCUGAGAAGACGGGAGGAUGAGUUAAACGUAUCAAAUCAAGCUUUAAACUGCGGGAGAAAACAAUCCUCCAGGUCAAAGAGUGAACUGGUUGAAAGAAAGGCGUGCGAUGUUUUCAUGAACAUGUAACGGUUGUGGUCAUCGUCCGUAUCGGUCAACGCAUGUCACGUGAUGUUUGUCCUAAUUGACCGAGUAUGGCAUGGUUCCCCACACUGACAAGUUGGUCACCACACUUGCAGCUGUAACAGUCUGUUUUGAAGAUAAUAUUAUCCUGUACAGGACUGAGCCUAGUAAAAAUAACCGGAAUGUCGUAACUGUCAUACUACUCAUCUGACCUCUGACGUCAGAGCCAUUUGCCCUCUCCCCCUUUCCCUCUUCUCAAUAGUCCUUUUAAAUGGAUGCCUUAACCUCGGAGCAGCUAAUGUUUCUGGUUGCACACAUGUUAUUUUCAUUUUUAAUGAAACUUCAAGGUCCUGUCCUGUAAGCUAUAAUUUAUUUUUCAAUUAUACAGUGGUGCGAAACCCGAGCGUUUGUGGCGCGUUGACGGCGAAGCUCCGCUGAUGUUGUUGCGCGAAGUAAAGUCCCUCCACCACACCCUCGACAAUAAAAUCUCGCCGUCAACACUAGGUCUGACGCAAGGUCGCAGUCUGAUUGCUCUCGUCAGCCACUCGAGCAACUUUACAGCCUGUCAGCUUUUGCCAAAACGAGUUAGAGACAGCCUCGAUGAAGGUGGUCACAACGAGACAACAACAUUUAAGAAGGACGCGUUGUAGUCAAUGAAGACGAAGAAUUACCUUUGGAGAUAUUUUAUGUAUGUCUUUAAAAGAUUUCAUCCCUUUCACUAUCUUACGGAACAUUUAAAGCAAACCAAGAAAGUCAUGUUCUGUUGUCCUGAAAGUGGUUAUACGGUCUUGAUUUGAUAGCAGCCCUUUACUAGAGUUCAUCACGUUCGCAGCCUUAUCAUGCCGAGUUCCGACUGCAAGAUGCUGAAACCUAGCCAUGUGCAUGGAAAUGAACUUGAGGGUGAACUUUACUACAAUUUGCUUUUAUCUGUUAUACGUUUUAUCUAUUGUAUGGACAUUCAAAACUUCCACAAGCAGAGCUGUGAGUUAAAAGAGUGAUGUGUGUGCGUGCGCGUGUGUAGUUGUGGUUAACUUCUUGAACCUUUUGAAUUACAUUACAUACAUGGAUUAAAGCGCCGGUGUUUCCUGUAAACAAAUCUCUUUUAAAAAGGUCCCAAAGAUAAAAUAUAUCUUCUGUAAAAUCAUCAUAAAUCAAAAGACUGUACUAAACAAUGUGGAUGCGCUGUGAUCUGCAAGAUUGCACUAUUCGGUGCUAGCAUGGUUGUAUUUUCAAUUCUGUGUUAGUAUGGUUGUAUUUCCCAUCCUGUGCUAACAUGACUUUACUUUCCAUAUCGCCCCAACACACACAACGACAGACUUGUUUCCAGCAAGAUGUUUCUUUCUCUUGAUAUGCCUCACAGAAAUUCCUUGAAAUGAAAAAAAUGCUGCUGAGUCGAAAUGAUCAUAAUGGCGAUGACAAUAGUGUUGGUUCGUGAUGCUGAUGAAUGUAAUAGCGAUGCUCGUUAUGGUGGAAGUGACUAAUCUCUGUGUGUCUAUGGACUAUGCUCGUAUUGAGGGACGUGUAGGGCUCGUCUGUGGGAAUGUGAGAAGGUGGGAGAGAGAAGAGAAGGAGAGAGAAGCAAUUCGAAUUGUUAACGGGCUAUUAUGUAAUGCCCAUAUACACUAUUUUGCUGCAUAAUUCGGUUUACUCCUAUUAAAAGUACUCGCUGCAACUGAUAUCUGUUUUCAAACAGUAACAGGGCUUCUGCUAAGGCUAAAUUCUUUGGGGUCCCAGGGACCCCUUCUUCAGAUUUUUAAGGGGUCCCUGUUCUUCGCCCAAAUUUGAAGGGGACCCCAUUGACGAAAAUUGAAGGGGUCCUCCGAACUUUUAAUGCGUACUGUACGCAAUUUUUUGCGUAAGCAGAAGCCCUGAGUAACAAGCUUUUCAAACAUUCAUUGUAUUCAUUUAUAUCAGGUGAGGAAAAUAGUAAACUAUAUUUAAAGGAACACGACAAGAUGGCUUUGAUGUGAUAUACAGCAAUAAACAACUGACGUCACA